AUUGUCAUUCGUGUGGGGGCAAGUGUGAGCCGAUUAUCUCUGCUGCUACUGCUGUUCAGAGAUAGAUUUGUUGUUUAUUUUUUAUUAUGCACUGACAUUUGGUGCAAUCGCUUUUGGUGUUCUUAAGCAAUUAAAAACAAAAAAAAAACAAUAAUUUGGUAUUUCUAUCAAAUAGAAUAAAAUUAGUUUUUUUAAAUUUGACGAUAUCCAGUGGAAAAAUGGAUAAAGAACGAUUUUCAUUGCUAUUGCUCGAGCCGAAUGAGAUUUAUUUUGAAGAUUUCUUUGUGAAUUUGAUCAUUGAGAAUCCAUCCGAUAACAGUAUCGUUCAAGAUGAACAACUUUUCACUGGCCACCUAAAAAUGUGCUCCAAAUCAAUUGUAUUUGAUCCAAAAGACUUGGAACUGCCAUUGAUUCGAAUAACAUACAAAAAUUGCAGUCGCAUCUUCAUCUGGCCGGGCAGGAUGAAUGACAAAGAAUCAAACGUACUUGCGAUUUCAUGUGAUCAAUACACAGAAAUGUUGUCGAAGAAUAUCGUCGCUCCGUACACAUUCAAAAUGGAAACACGAACAUUCUUGUUCAAUUUUCACUAUGCCAAAGUCUAUGAGUAUUUGGAUCAAUUGAGACAGUUGCAUCGAGCAUCAAAACUACAUGCAUGUGAACAGAACGAUAUGAUUGCAACGAUUGUUUAUUCGCGUCAUAAACGAGUUAAAUUUAAUCCACUUUGGCUUGAAGACAUCUACGAAACGGUCCUGGUUGACCAUACGGUAGACGAAAUUCAUCCACUCAUCACAAAUCCCGGUCGAUUGCUCUUGUCUGAUAAACGAAUCUACUUUCAGCCGUACAACAAUAUCCAACCGUAUCCCGUUAUCAAAAUUAAUUUGGAGAAUAUAAACGGUUUAACUCAACGACGUUUCGUUCUACAGCAAAUUGGCCUUGAAAUAAAAUGGACAGAGAAUGAUUUGGAACGCAUGUUGUACCUGUCAUUUCGCAAUAAAAGUGAACGCGAUGAAUUUUAUGAGCAAACAAUAUCACAAAGCUGUGUUAAAAUUACAUACACCGAACCCGAGAGCAUGACAUUGAAGUGGCAAAAUGGUAUCAUAUCCAAUUACGAUUAUUUACUGUAUUUAAAUAGCUUAGCAGAUCGUACAACACAUGACUUGACUCAGUAUCCGGUUUUUCCAUGGGUCAUUUGUGAUUACACUUCGCAGACGAUAGACUUAAAUGAUGAAAAUUGCUAUCGAGAUUUGACCAAGCCGAUCGGUGCUUUGAAUGAACAACGACUGAAACAACUGCAAGAGCGAUAUGAAGAAAUGGACGAACCGAAGUUUUUAUAUGGAUCUCAUUAUUCCGCUCCGGCUCUUGUACUAUUCUAUUUGGGUCGAAAGCAUCCAAAAUUGAUUCUUUGCUUGCAAAAUGGUUACUUCGACCACCCGGAUCGUAUGUUUAAUAAGUUGUCGGAUACAUUUCGAAAUUGUUUGAAUAAUAUGGCUGAUUUUAAGGAAUUGAUUCCCGAAUUCUAUGAUACGAAAAAGAAAGGUGACUUCCUGUUGAAUAGUAUGAAGAUUAAUUUUGGCAAACGAGCUGAUGGAACGCCGGUCAAUGAUGUUGCACUGCCACCUUGGGCCGACAAUUCACCAGAUAAAUUCAUUUCGAUACUUAGAGAGGCUCUCGAAUCCGAACACGUGUCGAAAAAUUUACACCAUUGGAUUGACUUGAUAUUUGGCUAUAAACAACGCGGUGACGAAGCAAUUAAAGCAAAUAAUCUAUUUUAUCACUUAUGUUAUGAAGGUGCUGUUGAUCUCGAUGAUAUCAAUGAUUUAACAAAGAGACAUGCACUUGAAGUGCAAAUAAGUGAAUUUGGUCAGAUUCCAAAGCAAUUAUUCGAAAAACCGCAUGUGCCUCGAUUAUGUACGAAUAAAAUGAGACGAAUGAGCAGUGUGGAUAGAGAAAGUGUGCCAGACGUUGUCGACUCAAAUGAAGACCUCUUUGUCAAUUCAUUCAAAGCAAUAAAUUUCUUGGACAAUUAUCAAACUCACAAAGACCUGAUUAGUUCGGUGCUUGUUGAUGGCAAUAUUGUUGUUACAACCGGCAAAGAUGGACUGUUAAAAUGUUACAAUAUUAAGGAGAAGCGCCAAAUUAGGAGUGUUUCAAUCUCGAAUAUGCCAUUGAGUGCAUGCAUCAAAAUUCCCAAGCAAAACUCUUUCAUUUUGGGCAGUUGGGAUAAUUCAAUUGUGAUUUACGAUUGUGACUAUGGCCGAAAAAUAAACGAAAUUCCAGCACACGACGAUGCGGUUUCAUGUCUAUCUUAUUUAGACUGUAUUGGUGUUCUUGUAUCUGGCAGUUGGGAUUGUACGGUCAAAGUAUGGAAGGGUUUCGAUAGAAAACCGUACAGUUUAUCCGAUUCGCUCAUUGCUUACUAUUCGUUCGAAGAGAAAAUAAUUGCCGUUGAUAUAUUUAAAACGGACGAUAUCAUAAAAGUGGUGGUCGGAUUAGAGAAUGGUGAUGUGAUAUUAUGGAGACUGAAAACUUCCGGUCGAUUGAGUUCUGGUUCGGUCGAUACAAUUGAUACCAAAUUACUAUUUACACAUGCCGAUGAGGUGGCUAGUGUUUCGUUCAAUAAAAAUGGUACAAAAGUUGCGUCAUGCGGUCUCGAUUGUGUUUUGUACGUAUGUGAUAUUGAUACUGGGAUGACUUUAUUUAAAAAAGAGCACUCAAAUUGUUUGAUUUGCUUGAGUUGGUGUCAUGAGAAUGGAAUUUUGUAUCUGGGCGAUAACAGUGGAUACAUUUAUGUUUGGAAUAUGAUGACUGGUGAGAAAAAUUGCUCUGAAGCAGGCUUCAAUGGACCCAUAACCAGCAUUACAUCAAGCCUCAAUUCAGACCACCAAUGCAGAAUCAUCGCCGCUGGAGUGGACGGAAAUGAGUUUUUAAUCAAAGCUUGGAUUAAUGAAUGAACAAAAUUAUCAAUGAUUCUCGUCAACAUUUAUCUAUUUUUUGUAUCAAUUUUAUAAUUGAACCGUGUUUCACUUUGAGAGUCUUCAAAUAAUAUAUGUAUAAAAUUUGUAUUUUACUACUAAAAUUAAUUGUUAAUUAUUAAAAACUAACAAAAAAAUCGAAA